AUGGCAAUAACAUUUUUAGAUAUUUUUAGAAAUCAAUAUAUUAGAUAUACAAUUUUCAAUCCUAAAUCUAUAAAAUCAAUAGAAGGAUGCAGUGGUGGAGGAGGAGGUAGAAAAGGUAAAAAAGGAAAAGAGUUGAUAAACUCUCCAGCACUUUUAGAAAUGUUAGAGGUCUAUGCGAUGCCUUGGAACUUUGUCAAACAUUAUUUACCGACACCCGAUAAAUAUAGUCCAAAGAAACGACACGAUUCUAUCAUUAGAUACACCACCCACUAUGACGCAACAGCCGAGACACUCCACAAACUACUCGAAUGGAGCCCAGACUUUUCACCAAACGAUCGUGACAUUACAAAUUAUGUAGGAUUGCAUGGAAACCUUCCCAUCAUCCAAUACCUUGACACACGCUUUCCAAAAAAUGAUUGUUGGACAAGUGAUGUCAUGGAUUAUGCAAGUUGGUUUGGUAGACUCUCGAUUGUUGAAUAUUUACAUCAUAAUCGAUCUGAAGGAUGUUCGACCAAUGCUAUGGAUUGGGCUGCCUCUUCUGAACAUUUUGAUAUUGUAAAAUUUCUUCAUUUCAACAGAUCCGAAGGUUGUACUAGUAAUGCUCUUGAUGCCGCCAGUAGAUAUGGUAGUAUGGAAAUUGUAAAGUUUUUACAUUUAAAUAGAACAGAAGGAUGUUCAACCAAUGCAAUGGAUACAGCUGCUGAAAAUGGUCACCUAGAAGUAGUAAAAUUUUUACAUUUUAAUCGUACAGAAGGAUGUAGUACAAGAGCAAUGGAUGGUGCUAGUAGAAAUGGAUAUUUACAAGUUUUAGAAUUUUUACAUCAUCAUCGAAGUGAAGGAUGCACACGAGAGGCUAUGGACUAUGGUUGUACCACACGUGCCUAUGAUGAUGCUGCCGAGGCAGGACAUUUGCAAGUGGUCGCCUUUCUCCGAGCCCAUCGUACCGAGGGGGGCACCACUGACGCUCUCGAUUGGGCCGCUCGUCGAGGUCACUUAAGCAUGGUCAAGUACCUUAUGGAGAGCAAUCAAUCGACUGUUGGACCAACAGGCAAACAGUCCCCUACUAUUAUUGGUACAUUCAAGGCAAUGGAUAAAGCAGCCUUUUACGGACACAUUGAAGUAUUGCAAUAUCUUCACAAUCACAACAUGCCGUGUACCAAAGAUGCCAUGAAUUGGGCCGCAAUGAACGGGCAUUUAAAUGUCGUCCAAUUCCUUGAUCAGAAUCGUACAGAGGGAUGUACAUCCAAUGCCAUCGACAUGGCCGCUGUAAAUGGUCAUUUGUCUUGUAUAAAGUAUCUUAUUGAUCAUCGUACCGAAGGUUAUUCAAGUACUGCAAUCACAGAUGCCACCAACAAGGGUUAUCUAUCUAUUGUAGAAUUUUUAAAUAUUCAUCCAAAUAAUAAUUAA